UAAAACGGUGUGGGACACAUCCCCCUCCAGCAUUUGGAUCCAAGCCUCAGCCAACCAAAGCAUAACUUUAAUUAACUCAAAGAGCGACAAAGAGACACCAUGGAAGCAGGCCAGACCCGUGCUGUGGUUCCAACUUACCUGGGAUGGUCCAUUUUUAACACUAUAUGCUGUUGCCUGCCUCUAGGGAUUGCUGCCAUUAUCUGCUCCUGCAAGGCACAAAAUGCCAAUGCUGUUGGAGAAUCAACUGAGGCUGCAAGUGCAUCAAAGACGGCCAAGACCCUCAAUGUCAUCGGACUUGUCGUUGGAAUUAUUCUGAUCAUCAUAAUUAUCGCGUUCAAAGUCACUCAGAAGUGAAGACAACAUUGAUGAGGAUUGUUUUCCAGAAAAUGAGUUGGAAUUUCAGCAAAGCCUUUGUUCCUUUAACCUUCCCAUCCUCCAAACCCUAAGUAGAAACAGGUGUGUGUGUGUGUGUGUGUGUGUGUGUGUAAAAACACAGAUUGUACAUGUGUUUGUAUUUUUAUAUCUACUCCAAGAGCCUAUAAAACCUUAAAGGAAUGCCGCAAGUAAAAAAAUAAAAAACACAAAAUUCAUUUUCAUUGACUAAGGCAAUACUUUUCAGAAAACAAUGGUCUUAAAAUGUUAUUACUUGGAUUUACCUAAUACAUUAUGCAAUGUUUUAGAUUUUAAGUGUUUGGGUAUUUGAAGUUCCUCAUACCUCACUGAAAAUGUCAACAAAGUAUCAGAUUUGUCAAAUUACUAUAAUUUUUUUUGCAUUUUCAUAUACUGUUUAACAAAAUUAUGCACAUAUUGUACUCAUUAAAGGUCAUUAUUAUAAACGCAAACCUUUUUCAGAUUGGCAAACAUGUUUUGGAGUUGACGUAAAUUUUGAUUAGCAUCGAUUUAGGGGUCGGGUUUGAAUUGAUCUUUGUUAAUCACUGAAAUCUGAAAACAUUUAAAAAAUAAACAGUGGUUAGUACACUGCUCCUCAUACAAUAGUAUAGUGCCUUUCCUAGCUGUCACUGCCCCCCUGUUAAUAGUAUCUGUACUGAUGUAAUAUUUUGAAAAGCAUUGGCAACAUGGUAUGUUUUUCCUGUAAUUGUUUAGUAGUUACUUUCAUAUUAACAUUCCAAACUUGCAUGGAAGCAAAAACGUCCUUCAUUAUGUUUAACCAAUUUGUCUUUUAUCUGUGGCUUUUGUGGGAUAAGUAUUAUUUUGCAUUAUGAUAGCAAUACUUUAUAGAGUAAACGGUGCCUUGUGACUUAUUGUUACAAUGAUCAAUGAGUAGAUGUAGGGUCAUACAUUUAGCUAAAGUGACUUUAUACAGUGUAGUAUAUUAGUGUGUUUAAACAAUAUUUUUAAUCAAUGGGAAUGCUUACGUGCAAAAGGAGUUCUUUAAGCAUAGAGCACAAAGUGACAUGACUGUUUCUUCAUGGAAGGAAGGAAGGAAGGAAGGAAGGAAGGAAGGAAGGAAGGAAGGAAGGAAGGAAGGAAGGAAGGAAGGAAGGAAGGAAGGAAGGAAGGAAGCAAGCAAGCAAGCUUGUGUAAUUCAAGGAUGUUUAUUCUUUCUUCUGGGGGAUAAAUGUUUGUCUGUAAAACAUGUGCCAAUCCUUAAGUCUUGUUCUCUCUGUAUAAAACUUGCAUUUUCCUCAGCAUUCAUCUCUGAAGUGCUUAUAAUAAAGAAUAGAUGUUGA